AUGGGAAGCAGACUAGGUGUGCUGGUGCUGCUGCAUGAUAUCAAGCAUACGGGGGCUAGUCUUAGUUUUGAAGUUAAGCAUUUUGGAUUAAGUAUUACUGGAUUUUAUAAAACGUUCUUAAAUGCUGACCUCAAAUACUGCGAGAACGAGUGGAGGAUUCGUGAAACAAGAGGUCAAAACGCUUCUACUUCAUCUGUGGGAGAAAGUUCGGGAACUAGGACCGUAGAUGGGAGUUCUGAGAACCCAAGGGUCAUACCUGAACCACCAUCGUCACCUGUUGCAAAGAGGCCAAGAUACCAACCGUUUGAGGACGAGUUAAUAGCUGAUGACUUUCAAAAUCUUAGGACCGUCACCUACGUCUCGGAUGAUGAGAGAAACAAUAGGACCUUUAUUGUAGUGUUGGACGGGGUUCAGGUUGCACCAGGGUUAGAUGGGGAAGAUGAUGAUGACGAGCCACCCCCACUAGAAAAUAUACCUGUUGAGGAAGAAGAACCUGCUGAGAAUGAUGACCCUGUUGAGGAAGAAAAUCAUGUUCUGGAAGAGGAUCCCAUUGAGGAAGAGGGUCCUAUCGAGGAAGAAGACACCGAGGAAGACCAAGAACCCCUACUGGAUGAUAUACUCAUUGAGGACGACGAGCCUGAUGCAGAAGAGAUUGACAUUGAUGAGGGGAUAGAGGAUUCUGAAUCAGAGGAUGAAGCUCACCGCCUUAGUCCAUAG